AUGGAAAAAGUUCAACAAGAUUGCUAUAACGAGUGGAUGAGUUUACAAGCCAAACGCAUGACAGAGCUUAAACAGGCCUUAUCCAGCGGUGAGAAAGACGAUGCCGAGCUUCGAAAAUUGAUACGUACGGUGGUCGGAGAGUUUAAAGAUUACGCCGCAAAACGAUGUAAACAUUCUCGUCGAUUUAGCUCAAACUAUUUCGCUCCGACAUGGAACACUUGUCUUGAAAACGCACUUCUCUGGAUGGGAGGUUGUCGUCCUUCUUCGUUUAUACGUCUCGUCUACGCCAUGUGUGGCUCUCAGAUCGAGCUCCGGCUAACUAACUUCCUCCGCAACAACAACAUUGACGGUCUAAGCAUGGAAGAUGGUGAGACAGAUGGCGGCGGUGGUGGCAGCAUAGGAGGAGGAGAGCCGAUGAGUGAUCUAACGGCCGAGCAAUUAUUCAAGAUUAACGAGCUUCAUAUCAAAACGGUGGAGGAAGAGAAUAAACUGACUAAGCGAUCGGCGAGUUUACAAGAGGACACAGCGGAUAUGCCUAUUGCCGUCUCGGCGUUUUACAAAGAGGUGAUCGGAGAAGCUGACGUGGUGGUGGAGCGUGCGCUUGAUAAGCAUGAAGAGGAUAUGGCUGGUUUAUUGGCUGAAGCGGACAAGCUGAGGUUGACCACGUUGACUAAUAUCCUUGAGAUUCUAACGCCGGUUCAAGCGGCGGAUUUUCUUCUCGCCGGGAAAAAACGCCAUUUGUCGAUGCAUGAGUGGGGAAGAUCGAGAGAGCGUCGCCGGCUUGAAGCUUAUUGA